GAUAUAAGAAGAGAGGGAGAAAGGGAGGAGCGAAAGAAGAUAGUGAGUUGAGGUUUGAAUUGCGAAGCGCUUCAUUCUGUGUUUGUUUGAUGUGUCGCUGUUAAUUUAUUGAACCAAAUAACGUUUCUUGUUAUAAAUUAUGAAGCUCUUUUUUAGUAGCGAUUGAUCGGUAAGAAAGAAGGAUGAAUCAGAACCCGCAAUCGAGUGAUGGAAGAGGCGACGAUGACACUGCUCUCUCCGAUUUCCUUGCUUCCUUGAUGGAUUACACUCCCACUAUACCUGAUGAAUUGGUGGAGCAUUACUUGGCCAAGAGCGGUUUUCAGUGUCCUGACGUUCGAUUGACUAGAUUGGUAGCUGUUGCCACUCAAAAGUUUGUUGCUGAAGUUGCUGGAGAUGCACUUCAGCACUGUAAAGCAAGACAAGCAACAAUUCCAAAAGACAAAAGGGACAAGCAGCAAAAGGAUAAACGUUUAGUUUUGACCAUGGAAGACCUAUCAAAAGCAUUGCGCGAGUCCACUCAUUAUCUUUUAUGAACAGUAUGGCGUGAAUCUAAGGCAUCAGGAAUAUUUUGCCGACAGCCCUUCUACUGGAAUGGAUCCUGCUACUCGAGAAGAAUGAGUAUUAUCUUGUUUAUUUGUGUGUUCCAGCUUCUAAAGUUUUAUAUGUAGUAACUAUUGAUUUUAUACCAAAGCUGAAUUGAGUUUAUUCUAUUUAUUGAUAUGUCGC